GAACUUGCCAUUACACUCAUCUUCUUCGUAUCACUGAUAAAAUAGACUUCAGUGAUUUCCAUUCAUUUAUCUACUAAGAAACCAACGUGGCGAAAGAAAAAGAUAAGUUUUUGUUAUCACACAACGUCAGUACAUAAAAAAUUAUUGAAGUUGAGCGUUGUGCUCUAGAAUGAACUGUUUCAGUGUCAAUUUUGAAACUGUUGAUAUUAUUAGUAUAACUCUGGCUGUGCACAGAAAACUAAAAAAAAAUAUUUAUCAAAACGACAAUACUGAUUGGCCGUAAAAUUCACUAUUGGUAAUCCUGUAAUAAGCGUAGAUUAAUUCGACAAUCGACAUCGACAAUAUGUUGAACAAAUCUAUUGGCUUGAUAAUUAUCUUACUGAAAAUUGCAUGCGUAUCAAUUCGGGCAGAUGACGAAGCCACAGACUCUAGGAUCUACAAUGUGGAUUGGAUUGGCAAGAAAGAGUUCAAGUUGAUAUUCGAUGAGGCAUCUUGGUAUGCAGCCAAUAAAUUUUGCAUGGACAAUGGUAUGCAAUUGGCUUCCAUUGACUCGUUUGACGAACACGAACACAUAGAGGAUCUAAUUAAAGAUAAACAUAUUGUGGAUGAACCUUUCUGGAUAUCUAAAUCAAUGGCGGUUAUGGGAAGCAAUUCUGAUUCGAAACUCAGUGUCUCAACAUUGGAUUCGAGCAAUCAAUGCAUUUCAUGGUAUUGGACUAAUUCGGAGCUGUGCUGUGCUCUAUGGCCUCUAGCAAAUGAGUGGAGUCAUGAAGACUGUAGCGAGGAGAAAUAUUUCAUUUGUCAGCAGACCCACAAAAGUGAAACAGAAAUGUUGAAAGCGAUACGGGAUAAACUACUAACGUUGAUAGAUGAAGCAAUGUUCACAGAGUUUGCGACUGCUUUACCAACAACUGCAGAGAGUACAUGGAUCAGUUUAGUGGAAGGGGCACUGCAAACUUGGCUGGCGGAACAACAUCAAAUUUCAAAGUCUGCGUCACUUCUCGAUGAACGGGUCGAUCUAAUAGCUGCAGCAUUUGCACAGAAUAAAAAAACCUUCAAAACUGACGAAUUGAAACGAUUUGUUGAGACCAAGUUCGAAAUGAUUACAAGUGAACAUCGAGUUGAAUUGUUAAGUGAACGAUUUCGUCAGUUUAUAGGCUACUUGUACGUAGAUUUGGAUCCUUCCAAUCAGAGUAAGUCCCCAUCGGAUGACGACAUUGUUGCUCUGCUUAAAAAAGUGGUUAUGUUGGCAAAGGUACAAGAAAUUAAGUUAGCCAGCGAACAGUUGGCUAAAAUGUCGGAAAGAGCACCGACUGACAUCUUAGACGAGGACUUCAUGAAAUCGAUAUCUCAACAGUUGCUGAAAUUCAGCGAAAAUGAAUUUGAAUCGUAUGUCAUGGACGUGUUCGCUCAACUUGAAGUUUACGGAGUGGAACAGGUUGACAUGAACACCUUGUUUCAAUUAUAUUUGCUUGUCAAGCAGGAAUUAUUUUCGCUGAUGGCGAAAACGGUCCUCAAAGCAACAUCACAAGAGCGUAUCGAAAUCACCAGCUAUGUUCUCUCUAGAAUCUUGGAAGGAAAACAAUUGAUCGACGAGGAUUCGGUUUUUGGUCAAAUAUUCGUUGUUAUAGCAACUGGGACGACUAUAUUGCUUGAGGAAAAAUCCAUUCACGUUUUGGAUGAUAAGACUCUAAGGACUUUUGUUAAGAAGGAAUUUGAUGGAUUGCAUCCUGAAGACUUGCUGCAGUUGAAAUAUGAAGGAUAUGUUAAGAUCGUAAUGGACGAACUUAUCAAGUUGGUGGGUGAAAUUAACCUAGUUAAAACUGAAUCUGGUGAGCUACUGAUGACAAAUGUGAUCGAUUUGAUAGCGACCCAGUUUUUACUGUAUGCAGAAGAAGAAAUGAAAAUUUUAGCAGAACGAAUGACUCAAUCCAUCGAAAAGGAAUCGAAUAAGCUGCAGGAAGUAAUUGAGCAAACGAAAGUCAGUCUUUCUAUGCACGACGAGGGCAAAGUAUUAAAAUUGAUCGAGUUGAUUGAGCUGGAAUUGAGCAAAAUCGUAGUGAAAACAUUGGUCAACUUCACCGAAAAAGAUGCGGAAAAACUAGCCGAAGAAGGAUUAUCGAAAAUAUUAGCCGAGGACAGGCCGAUGGGAAGGAGUUCAAUAUAUGCAAAAGUUUUUGUCACGUUGGGCGAAAAAUUGUCCAAAAUGGCGACAGACGAUUUUGCCGCUAUGAGAGACGAUGAACUGAUACAGUUUGUGCAAUCGGAAUUGGAGAAAGGAAAUUACGCGAAAAAUGUUGAAUUGUUUGAGGAGGUUUACAUGAAUGUCCUAGCAGAAGAAUUUAUCGAAUUGAUCGAAGAAGAAGCGGUGAUGAUAUCUGCAUUCGAAGAAGAAAAACACCAAUUCGGGGAAAUGGUCAAGUAUCUGGCUGUAAAACUGUUUGAGAUUGUCGCCAAUGGACCGGAUUAUUUAACGUAAGAUAUUAGGAGUCGAAGGGUGUUUGGAGUGUUGAGCCGGAUUUGUUUUUUUUAAAUUAAAUUUGUUAAUAUUGAGAAUA